AUGAGGGCUCUCCCCAUGGCCGUCAGCCGCGGCGCCGUCGCCUGCGCCACCCCGGCCGCCGCCGCCGCAGCCGUCCCCCGGAGAUCCAUGCUCCUCUCCACCGCUGCCGCAGGCGCAGCGCUGCAGUCCGACCCCAUCAGGCUGAUGAGCACGCCCAAGCUCAAGCUCCGCGCCUCCGCCGGCGCCGCGCAGGCCGCGGCCACCUCAUUCUCCAGCAAUGACGAGGCCUUCACCUGGGCCAAGAAGGACAACAGGAGGCUCCUCCACGUCGUCUACCGCGUCGGCGACAUCGACAGGACCAUCAAGUUCUAUACAGAGUGCCUGGGCAUGAAGCUGCUGAGGAAGCGUGACAUACCCGAAGAGAAGUACACCAAUGCCUUCCUCGGAUACGGCCCCGAGGAAACCAACUUUGCCAUCGAGCUCACCUACAACUACGGGGUUGAUUCGUACGAUAUCGGAGCGGGGUUCGGUCAUUUCGGCAUUGCAACCGAUGAUGUGGCGAAAACAGUUGAACUCAUAAGGGCGAAGGGAGGCAAGGUGACUAGGGAGCCUGGCCCUGUCAAGGGUGGCAAGACCGUGAUCGCGUUCAUCGAAGACCCCGACGGCUACAAGUUCGAGAUCCUAGAGAGGCCAGGGACUCCAGAGCCACUAUGCCAAGUGAUGCUUCGUGUCGGUGAUCUCGACCGAGCCAUAAGCUUCUACGAGAAGGCUUGUGGUAUGAAACUGCUCCGGAAGCGAGACAACCCUGAAUACAAGUACACGGUGGCGAUGAUGGGGUACGGGCCUGAAGACCAGAAUGCGGUUCUGGAGUUGACCUACAACUACGGUGUCACUGAAUAUGACAAGGGGAGUGCCUAUGCUCAGAUCGCGAUAGGCACCGACGAUGUCUACAAGACCGCCGAGGUGGUGAAGCUGUCCGGAGGGAAAGUGGUGCGGGAGGCAGGUCCCUUGCCAGGGAUCGGCACCAAGAUCACGGCCAUCCUGGACCCCGAUGGGUGGAAAUCGUGUUUGUUGACAACAUUGACUUUGCCAAAGAACUGGAGUAACCAUAUACAACAUGGACUUUGCCAAAGCACUGUAAACAUAGACUCUUUAGCUUUUACCAUCGUUGUAAACAUGAGCGCAUAG